AUGGAUGAGGUGACCCUCGACACGCUGCUCCUCAGCGGUGAAUGCGAUGUUCAGUGGGGCUCGCGAGGCACGCUGACGGUCCGCCGCACCGUUGAGCUGCACUCCAACAACGUCCUUUACUGCUUCGAGGAGCCGAAGAACUCGAUGGCGAAGCACAUUAGGGAAAAGGUGUACGUUGAAGGCUGCCAUGUUGUCGACGGUGGCGCCUACAACGACGCAAGCGAACGGCUGCUUCUGUUUUUGGCUAACCAUGACUAUUCCGAGAAGGUCGAUCUGCUCGGCAACCAUCAAGCCUACAUAUUCGCUGCGGAGCAGACGACUCACAAUGCGCUGCUGGGGAAAGCUACGCAAAGCGCGUCGACAUCGACAUUGCCGAACGCCAACUACGUGGUGCAGCUCUUCCUCUCCGAUAAGAUGGUCAAGUGGCGGCUGUUACAGGCUAUUCAGAGAGCCUCGAAGGAGUAUCCUCAGCUGUUUCCGGACAGAGACACGACACUCGCACUGUCCACGGCGCGAAAGGUGGGCGUCGUCAGCGUACACGCAGGACUGCCGACGGUAGCGGGGUCGCCGGUCUCCGGUGUAGCAAACGGCUUCGAGUCGAAGGUACUGUCCCAGCCCUCCGCUAAUCCCCACCACCCACGCACAGAGUCCGGCAUCAGCGUCUUGUCCGAUCACGAGGUGCUGCAGCUGUCGGACGUGCUGCGAGAGUACGAGGCACUCCAGGAACGCAAAAGAAGGUUAGGCACUAUGAUGACUUCACCUCCGCCGCAGCCGAAGGGGGAGGAGGAAGGCGUGCGGAAGUCCACAUCGGAUGACCAGGGCUUGGAGGCGGCGGCGUGCGUUGCGGGAAAUGAGGCGAGGCUAGCGGUGGCACUGUCUGAGUUGCAGUCUCGGGCGCCCGCACACCUCCAGCACUCUCCUCUCUACGAGUGGUGCAUCAAGAGCAAGCCAGUCAACCAGAUCUGUGCGGACUGCGGCGAGCCUUUUCCGUCAUGGUGCAUCCUGCAGCCGUUUGGCGCCUUUGUGUGCAUCCAGUGCAUCGGCGUGCAUCGCAAGCUGUGGUCGAACAAAUGCCGUAGUGCAGAGCUCGACCGGUGGCCGGAUAGCGACAUCGAGUUCAUGAAGGCACGCGGCAACGACGUCGUGAACGACGAGCUGGAGUACUACGUGGCCCUUCCGACUGACAGUGUUGUGUUUACAUUGCAUACACAGCCGGCCGUGAAGCCCGUGCUGUCGUUUUCCUCCGCUGAGGUGCGUGAGUCGUUCAUUCGGUGGAAGUAUGAAGAGCUGUUCUUUACACGGAGGCGGCACCCGACUGCGACAAGGACCCUGCCACCUCCCCCAGACCCGGUUGGGCUCGAGCGUUCUCGCCUUCCUACCACCAACGCCACUUCAGAGGCGGAGGGCAACGCUAGCGACGUCUCUUUUGGCGCUACUGCAUGUCUUCAGCAGCAGUCAUUCUUCCUUGACCAAGGUCCUCCACGAUAUGCGGGGCUGCUGGACAUCGUUGUCAAAGAGCUGGUGGGACCGGAGUCGAUUGCGGGCGCGGUAUGCGUGCUGACGAACGGCUUUCAAACUCUCCGGACUCAGGAGAGCCGCCAGCUGCUGCAUAUGCGACACUCCACCGCGUGGGAUGAGCACCUGCAGGUCGGCAUAGAGGGGACAGGACAAAAGCCGCUCUACUGCACCGUGUAUCGCGGAAGAGGGGAGCUCCUGGCCGCUGCAGAGAUGUGGAUGCAGGAGGACGUUUUCCAGCCAGGCACCAGCUGCAUGUUCGCCUCGAAGCUGGUCUGGAAUCAGCUCCAGAAGAAGCCCAGCCAACGUACGGCAGGAGAGCCGUGGACGAUUACGUUCUUGACCUCGUACCAGCGGCUGGCGUGA